UCACCAUCGCCUGGAAGAGAUGCGCAUCGCCCUAGAGACACGUGCUGCACACAACACCGCACAAAGCAACAGCACACAAAGUCUCUUUCUGUGCAUCGAGAGGGUAAAAGUGGAUCAACUGGGGCUCUCUCUGUGCCUACAAGCGUUCUUAGGUGGAGCAUCCCGUUUAGCGCGUGUUUGGUCGAAGUGACCGAUGGCCUUCUCCGACGGCCUGAAGAUGCACACGUUAAUCGAUGUGCCGUAUUGUGAUUUCGCCUCUGCAUUGCCUCCCAGCUUACGUGGAAAGGAAAGCUUCACGUUUCGGCCGCCUUCGGUAGAGCGGCUCUUGACUCAGAGAAGCCACGUACGUUACGACCGCAGUCAAGUUGCCUAUCCUAUAUUUUACACACACACAGCGAGCAAGGCGGAACAGUGAAUGCUCGUAGGGUAGGCAUUUUGUUGGUGCUGUUGGCAUCGCUCACCUGUGGUAAUAGCGUUCCUUAGUGUUUUCUCGAGCCAGAUGCCUCUGCAU